AUGGAGAUAUUUAAGGCGGAAAAAAAUGAUUUAUUUAACAAUUUUAAACGCAAGAAUAUGAAACAGAAACGAGAAAGUAUGGCUAUUUUGGGUAUACUUUUUGCAUUUAGUUUCGUUCCAACAGAAUUUAAUUUUUAUUCCCUCCUACCUACAUGUCCAUCCGAUUGGAAGUACGAUUAUCCCUACUGUUCAUUACACAGGCAAUCGCCUGUAGAUAUAAGGAUGAAUAAGGUUGUUAACGAUACAAAGUUAGGUAGAUUAGUGUUUGGCGGUUAUACAGAACCGAUACGUAAAGCCAUUCUUAAAAAUACCGGCCAUACGGCUCAGUUGACCUUUUAUAACGCAAAACAGUGGAUAGGUAGGGAGAGCACGUUGGAGAGGUAUCGAUUGAUGCAAUUGCAUUUCCAUUGGGGUUUAGAGAAUGAACGUGGCUCGGAACACACUAUUGACGGGAAGAGGUUUCCACUAGAAAUGCAUCUUGUACAUUACAACGAACGAUACAAGCCUGGAGAAGCAGCAAAGAAACCCGAUGGUCUGGCUGUACUUGCUGUUCUUUUCGAACUGUCCAAAGUGGAUAACGAGAAAUUCGAAACAUUCUUCGAAGCCUUGCAACAGAUCAAAGAAGAAGAUUCGCAACUUUUCCUCUUACACAGAUUUAACAUCGCAAACUUCAUCCCAGAGGAGACUUUUCCAUAUUUUCGGUAUAAGGGAUCUCUAACUACUCCACCUUGUUACGAAUCUGUUACGUGGACCCUUUUGAUGAAGAAACAGAAAAUUAGCAAAUCACAGUUAGAGCAAUUUAGAAAAUUGAAGAAGAAAUUGAAGCUAGGAAACGUCAAGAUGGGAGAUAACUUCCGUCCUACGCAGAAAUUGAAUGGAAGAGUAAUCAAAUUAGCAACAGAAGGAGGAAUUUCGGAAAGAUCCUCAGCUUCUGAAGGGAAUAAUCUUUUUUCUAGUGUUAUUUUAUCUGUAUCAGUUCCUAUUAUAAACUCCAUUUUCGGGAAAUUAGACAUGUUAUUCGGGUAA